AUGCACCCUCCAAAUCUAGAAGGCGGCGAUAAGUCGCGUGCAGAAGACCACAAGGGAAUUGACGGUAUGGCCAGGCCCGAGUCUAUUGCCAUGGGCGAGCAGAAGAACCUCUCCCCCGAUGCUGCCAAACUCAUAGCCAUGGGCUACAAGCCGCAGAUGAAGAGAGAGAUGAGCACCCUUCAACUCGUUGGAGUUGCCUUCAUGGUUACCGCAUCGUGGCUUGGUGUGACAGGCGGCUUCUCGACUGGUGUUGUCAUUGGCGGCUCAGCUUCUCUCGUCUACGGCCUCAUCAUUGUCGCCGUCUUCAACAUCUUCUUCGUCACCACCCUGUCUGAGCUGGUCAGCGCCAUGCCCAACGCUGGUGGUCAGUACUACUGGGUCACCAAGCUGGCUCCCGGGAAACUUGCUCGUCCGUCGGCCUACUUCACAGGGAUCUGCAAUCUCGCUGGAAGCAUUAUUGCCUCGGCCGGUGCUACGGUACUGAUAGGCCACAUGGUCCUCGCCAUGGCAAAGCUCACCCAUAGCAACUACGUCAUCAAGGAAUGGCAUGUCUACCUGAUCGGCGUUGCGUUCAACUUUUCGACGUUCAUCAUCAACCUAAACAGAGAAAACGUGGUUAAAGGCUUCUCGAUCGGAAUGUUUUUCAACAUUUUUGUUUGCGCUGGCAUAAUUAUUAUCAUUCCUGCUGUCAGCAAGUCCCACACCGAGCCAUCGUUCAUCUUCGGCAGCGUCGAGAACAUUAGUGGCUGGGAGUCAAAGGGCGUGGCCUUCCUCGUCGGCUUGAUCAACGCAAACUACAGCUUCGGCCUAAUUGAUACGGCGGUUCACAUGUGUGAGGAAAUCACGGAGCCGGAAAAGAACGUCCCCAAGGCUCUGUACCUCACCGUCGGCAUCGGCUUCAUCACGGCUUGGCCACUUGCCGUCCUCCUCAUGUACUGCAUGACCGACUUUGACGCCAUCGUCAAUACCGAGACUGGCUUCCCGCUACUCGAGCUUUUCUACCUCUCUCUACGAAAGAGCAAGGCCGGGGCGAUUGUCAUGAUGUCAUUUCUCAUCGUCACUUGGACAUUUGCUCUCGUGGCGCUCCACGCCUAUCAGGUGCACCCCAAGCUCAACAUUCCGCUUGAAGCCCUGAUCCUGUGUGCCUCCAUGAGCAGUAUACUAUCGGUGCUGUGCGUUGCCUCCACCACAGCUUUCAACAGUCUGGCUGCUGGCGUUAUCAUUUUUCCCUCCCUCACCUACACUCUUCCGGCCUUCUAUUCCUUGCUACCUCGGAAUAAAGAGGUCAAGGGCCCAUUCCACACCGGACUUUUUGGGACCUUCUCAAGAGUCAUGACCAUUUCCUUUUGCCUCUUCGCCACAGUCGUUUACUCUUUUCCAUAUGUCAUGCCUGCCACUGGAUCUAACAUGAACUAUGUUUCCGCUAUCAUAGCUGUUAUUUUCAUCGGGGCAACCAUCGACUGGAUCUUCCGUGCGCGCAAACACUUCACCAUCAGGUCAACUGGAACUACUAAUUAG